GAUGCAGGUGAAGAUUGAAGAUAAAUAAAAUAAACAGCUGGACUUAACUAAAGGAACUAUUAUAAUUUCAUUACACUGCAAGAUUCAAGAUACAAGGUUAAGGUUCGACAUUUAUUAUAGAAAUGAAAACUAAACAUCAUAAAAAAGGCAAACAUGAGAAAAAUCAUUUUAGAGCUCGCAAACUGGGCGAAGUUCUUAAAGAUUGGCACCACAUGCAUUAUGAGCUCUUAUCGGAAGCCAGGGAGGUAAUCCUUCGAGGAAUAUGGCCGCCCAUCAAUGCCAUGGAUGAUUCCUUGCAGUAUUUGGAAGAAUGUGUGGUCUUAAGUCUUUCGAUGAAUAUGAUUGAAAAAAUAUCCCAUCUUUGGGGACUUAAAAAUUUAAAAGUUUUGUCACUAGCUCAAAAUAACAUUAAGUCGUUGGAUGGUUUGGAAGAAGUUGGUUCAACACUUGAAGUUCUUAUAAUCGCGAGGAAUUUUUUAAAGGACACCAAGGGAAUUGAAAAAUUGAUUAAAUUAAAAGAACUUGACAUCUCUUACAACUAUAUCAAUCAGCCCAUUGAAUUUUAUAGAUUGAUUUCAUGCCAAGAGUUGAAAUCCUUAGCAUUUAAAGAGAACCCAUUUGCCGAAAAGUAUCCAGAUAAUAUUUGGAGACAAGAAGCAUUGAAAGUACUUCCAAACUUAGAAACUUUAGACUACAUUAAAGUUGAAGAUCAUGAAAGAUCAGAAUAUCUACCUAUGAGUGAAUUUUUCAAAUUGAAAGGUGACAUGAUAAUUGAUAGCCCAAAAUACAUGAUCUAUAAUGAUAUUUUUAAGGAAGCUAUGGAAAAAGUGUUGCAUGCAAAAGACAACAAAAAUGAUGAAGAACAGUUUGAUUCAUCAAAUAGUUUACUUUCCAUGCAAUACAUUAUUUAAUCCAAUAUGUAGAGCAUAUAAAAAUGAAUAAAAAAAUAAAAAAUACAGAAACAUUUAUGAAAAUACAUAAAUACAAUUUAAUGUAAUAAAUACCACUUAUUACUAGUUUACUUUAACAGCCAAAUAAUUAAAGCAUAGUUAAUUAAAAUUACAAAUCAUAUAGAUAUAAAUUAUAUCAAAAUUGGCAGCUACGAGUGAUGUUAAUUGAUUGACAGAAAUUUAGUUUUCAUUAAAUUCUGAAAAUAUAAAAGAACAUAUAUAUAACAGAUGCUAAUGAUUGGGUUAGAGAAACAAUUUCUGUGUCCUAUAUCUUUAGCAUAGCUAAAAAAUAUGAGUUUUUCUAUGAAUGAAUUUGUGAAUUGCAUUAAAAAGAAAUUAUGUGUAAAUGUAGAAUAAAGUUAAUAAAGCAUGAGACAUAUUAUUUUCAAUAGGAUAACUGUAAUAUCAUGACAAUAUUGACCCUCUCCGCAAUGGCCAAGCCAUUUCUAAAAGAAAAUUAAAAUGUUUGAGUAGGAUUUUUUAAUUUACUUUUUUCUUGUAGAGGUUGUCCUUUUAUCUUAAUU